AUGAGCUUCAGUGCAAAGAAAAUCAUCCAAUCUGUGACUAUUGCGACCACAGAGGGCUCAAUUGUGAAUGGCCGGUCAUGCUCUGGGAUUUCAAUACAUGGAUCCUCACUUGCUUCACGAAUUCCUCGCCCUAUUCAGACCACCAGCCCAGUUUUUAGCAUGGUAGACUUUCGGCUUUUUCACCACUUCAUUCAGGAAGCAUACCCGCAUCAUCCUAUUUGGAAUGACUCCGUGUGGACUCAUGAGAUACCAAGCAUCGCUUCAGAUCAUGAUUAUCUUCUUCGUUCCAUGCUAGUCUUAUCGGCUUCUGACCUUGCUUCCGACCCUACAUAUUCGACUGCAUCUUGCAAGCUCACCUACACUGCCAUUCAUCAUCGCGUAAAAGCUAUAGCAAGUCGUAACGCGGCGAUAUCCUCGGGAGUCAAUUAG